AUCUAUGCCCUCUCACACUCUUCAAUACUGUUGAUCUUGGGGUAGUUUUCCUUUAUUACAUGUUUACUUGCCAGGAUGUUACAUGAUGGCCCUUUAGGAAUUGUCCAUCAAUGUUAUUGAUAUGGGAUUUAGAGCAGUGUGCUGGACAUGCAGCCCUUUUUCAACAUCACUAAUGCAUUGAUUUGGCCAGAGCCUGCUUUGACUUAAGUAUGAUGCUUUAGGCAUCAGAAUAUAUGGAUUACAUUUACAAUGAAUUUUGCCUAGUGUUAUUUUAUUGUAAAUGGUACAAGUCCUUGAAUGUCCUUGCAUAUUUCAUGGCUUUAAACAGCAGAAAUGCAUGUAAACCUAUCAAAUUCUCUUGAUAAUGGGGAUGGUGGAUUAAGAGACUUAAGUUGCACAUUUUAAAUACCAACACACAAACCGUACACCAGUUGUCAUUGGUCUAGUAUUAAGUGCUGCAAUAUCACAUUUUCUAUUAUUUAAAUAUUAACUGUUCCUGUUAUGUAUAAAAACACACUUGAUGUCAAAUCUCAGGAAAAGCAUAAAGUUUGAGGUGUAAACACAGAUGAGAGUGAGAGCAAGAGUAAUGGCAGUAGAUGGAGAGCAGGUCAAAGGGUGGGACUCAUGGGAGGGCUUCAUUUGUUUGGUGUGUGUGCAUGAAUCCUCGUGGUCUGACCAAAGCAAAAUUGAUUCUCUCCUCCAGUUCAUACAGAAACAAAAGCAGCUUAAGAUUGAAAGCCAGCGUUUUACUUUGAUAUUAACCAACAGUUGUUGACUGACAGGGUAGGAAAAAGAUAAACACAGAAGAGUUGGACUGACAAACAAGGUAAGUAAAAACUUUUACCUUAUGCUUUUAUCAGCUUUCUCACUUGAAUCACGAAACAUGAAAUGGACACAGCAAGGAACUAUUACAAUUCAAUAUGUUACAAAAAAUCAAUUUGUCUAUUUUUUCAUGUUUUGAUUGUACUAUUCUUUCGGUAGUAGUUCAUUUUUUUAUGUAAUUAAUUUCUGUUUGAAAAAAAAUUAAAUCUUCAUUAACAUAAGCAUAUACAAACAAUAAUAUAUUUUUUACUGUAAAACAGUUUUUGUUGUUGUUGUGAAGUAAUAUUCAAAUACUUAUCUAAUUGCAUAAUUUUGUUUUUCAAGUCAACUGAGAAAACUUUACAAUAAGAUUACAAGAUUGUAUAUGUUUCACAAUGCACAAUGAAUAAACAUGAACAAUGAACAAUUGUAUCAUCAUAUUAACAUUAACAUUAAAUGCUAAACACAUGCUUAUUGUAAGUUAAUGUUAUUGUUCAAUAUAUGCAUUAACUAAUAUCAUGAAAACAAUGUUUUUGUAGUGUUAACAUAAAAAAAUGUAAAGCCAUUUUUUCUUUCUGUAAUUAAAAAUGUAUGAACCUGAAGAUUAACAGGUGCUGGUGUCUGUGUCCCCAUCUUUCUUUCUCUCUUUUGUUUUAGUUAUCAAAUGUCUGAAAGUGCGAAUAGCUCCUGGACGGGGUCUGUUGCUGUCCCGUCCUCUAUCCCUAAUGUCUUCCGCUCUCGUCUUACUGCAUCUACUGACCUCAGCAUAGCUAUCGUCCUCAUUAUCACAGGUGUGGUGUCAAUAGUUGGGAAUGGCCUUGUGUUGUUAGUGUACACUCAGAGGAGAAGAAAGCUCAAAUCCCAUGAGCUGAUGACAGUCAAUCUAGCGGUGUGUGAUUUUGGCUACAGCCUGCUGGGAGCACCAUUUAUUAUCAUCUCAAGUCUGUCUCAUGCAUGGAUUUUUGGAGAAACAGGAUGCUUGUGGUAUGGGAUUCAGGGGUUUGUUUUUGGCAUUGGAUCCCUCAUCACCACCAGCCUUAUCUCCCUCGACCGCUGCUUUAAGAUCUGUAGCUUUCAGUAUGGUCAGUUGCUUGAGAAAAGACACGCUUCUCUGUCUAUUUCUCUGGUGUGGCUCUAUACGCUAUUCUGGGCUUUGCUUCCUGUGUUUGGCUUUGGUAGUUACAGCCCUGAACCAUUUGGGACCAGCUGCACCAUAAACUGGUGGAGGAUGAAGACUUCUCUGAACGAUAGUGUCUAUAUUUUUCUGAUCAUGAUACUCUGCUUUGGAGUUCCAACCCUGACUAUCAUCACCUCAUACAUUGCUAUCUUCAUAAAGGUGUAUUGGUCUGGUCGAAUAUUGGCCUCAAUGCCUUCAUCCAGUGUCACUCACAGUAUCAAAGAUAUUCGGCUGACAAAGAUAGCAGCAGUUGUGUGUUCCUCAUUUCUGAUUGCCUGGACUCCCUAUGCGAUAGUUUCUCUUUAUUCUGUGCUGACUGCCAGAGAGGGGAAUCCUGGGGAAGAUGGAGAAACAGCUCUCUCGGUCGGGUUUGGUCACGGCAGAGAGAUCUCUGACAUCUUUGGUUUUCCCUUCCUCAUCAACUUGACCUCUUCAGAACGUUUCGAAGAUGCUUUUGGUUCCUGGAGAAAUAUGACUCCUAACAUAGAUCAUUCUCAUCAAUCUUCAUUAGGGCACAGCCCCAGAUCCACUGUGGGUUCUGGGCAUGGAGGAAUGGAUGUGAAUAGAUCCUAUUAUGUUUCCACCCUAAGCCCAGAGGUCACUCUGAUACCUACGAUUUUUGCAAAGUCACACUGCAUGAUAAACCCCUUUAUCUAUCAAAUCAUGAACCGAGAUUUCAGAGAGGACGUCUACGAUCUUUUGUGCUGGAGAGGUAAAGAUGGAGAGAGGAGGAGAGCAAGGAGCUCAAGUGAUUCUGAUGGACAUCGUGGGAGCGUCAGUCUCUCUUAUAUUUACAGCUGGAGAAGACGAAGCACCCAUACGAGUCAGGUGUCCGGCGAGCGGGUGAAGAAAGAGUCUUCACGGAGGAGUAAAGGCAAGAGAGGCUCAUCUCAGGGCAAUGCCUCAGGUGGCUGGGCAUCUCUGGAUACUGCAACCUCAGACACACACUCCAACUUAGAAAGAGAGAGAGGGAGUCAGGUCGAGAGAGAGAAGCAAAAGGAGCUUGUUGAAAUGUAGGAGUAAUAACAGAUAACCCUGUUACCCAGGGUUUGGUAACAUGUUUGUUUUCAGGUGAAGAAAACAGUCUGGGAUGGCAGUGAAUAAAUGAAGAGAGAUUUUUCAUGUUUUGCGUAAACUUUUCCUUUAACCAAGUUGCAUUUGUGGAUUAGGGAGACACUUUAAUUCAAAGCAACUUACAAAAUUUAACAUUCACAAUUUUUUAUAUAACUGUGUUAUGUUUGUAGAUAAACAUUUUUGUGAAGUAAACUGUGUUGUCCAAUAUGCAAUUUUAUCCACAGUUUAAUAAAUGUUUCCCCCCUUUCUGAUAUUUAUCAGAAAUAUUUAUCUAUGUUUAUUAUAAGCACAAUUUAUUUAUGUAUUUAUUUAUUUAUAAAUCUGUCUCUCUGUUGUCUACCCAUAUGCAACAUGCACUGUCUGCAUAAUUGUGAAACGUAAAUAAAGUUUACAAAACGCUUUGACAUUUUCGUCCCUGUAAUUUAGAAACCCAUAAGAUCCAGUAGGGGGUUCUGAUUUGUUGCAGACAUGUUACGUCAGCAUUGCUUUGUUAUUAU